UGAAGCAAUCUACUUUAGUUCUUGAGCUCAGCAAAAAUUCAGAAAUAGAAAAUGUCAGGACCUCAAUGCUGUGAUAACCCACCAACACUUAACCCAGCUAGCGGCUCCGGUCACGUUGAGAAACUGGGUGGACUCGAUUCCUACGUCACUGGCCCUUCUUACUCCAACCGCGCCAUUCUUCUCGUCUCUGAUGUUUAUGGAUAUGAAGCUCCAAACUUGAGGAAGCUUGCAGAUAAGGUUGCUGCUGAAGGAUUCUAUGUUGUAGUUCCUGACUUCAUACAUGGAGAUCCUUAUGCCCCUGAUAAUAAAGAGAGACCCAUACAAGUUUGGAUAAAGGAUCAUGGAACGGAUAAGGGUUUUGAAGAGGCGAAAUCAGUGGUGGAAGCGCUAAAGGGUAAAGGUGUAUCUGCAAUUGGAGCUGCAGGCUUCUGUUGGGGCGCUAAGGUGGUGGUUCAACUAGCAAAAUCUGGGUUCAUCCAAGCUGCUGUCAUCUUGCAUCCUUCAUUUGUCACUGUAGAUGAUAUUAAAGCGGUUGAAGUUCCAUUUGCAAUAUUGGGAGCUGAGGUUGACCAACUUUCCCCACCAACCCUCGUGAAACAGUUUGAAGAGGUCCUAAACACUAAACCUGAGAUCGAACACCAUGUCAAGAUAUUUCCCAAGGUGGUCCAUGGGUGGACAGUGAGGUACAAUGUUGAAGAUGAAAAUGCAGUGAAAUGCGCAAACGAGGCCCACGCGGACAUGAUUGAGUGGUUCACCAAGCAUGUCAAGUAAAGUGAAGAACUUGUUUGAUGACAAAAGCUUAUGCAAAUCUAGAAUAUAUACUCUACGUAUGGUGUCUACGAGACACCAUACUACGACUGCAUUACUAUACCGAGUCCUCUACCUUGAAGUAGGAAUUUAUGGUUGUUAUGGCUAUGAAUAGGUGGUAUGGUGUAAACCAUACAGAUUUACAUAAGAUAAAAGUAUGUGGGUAGUUUGUGCCCUUGAGCACAAAACAAAGGUUGAUUAUUGUGGAUGGCUUGGUUAAAUAAGUAAUCUUUUAUUAUGUUCUCA